CUAAUGAAAAGAAGAAAAUGGCGAUGUGGGUAUUUGGGUACGGCUCUCUUAUUUGGAAAGCCGGGUUUAACUAUGAUGAUAGUCUUGUUGGCUUCAUCAAAGAUUAUCGCCGUCUCUUCUACCAAGGGAGUACUGACCACAUAGGGGCGCCUGAGUAUCCAGGCAGGACCGUCACACUGGAGCCUGCUAAUGGGGAAGUCUUUUGGGGAGCUGCGUACAAGAUAUCCAAGAAAGAAGAUAAAGAAAAUGCGUUAGAAGUGAGGGACAAGCAGUAUGACACGAAAGCUUAUUUUGAUUUCUUCAUUGAUCCUACGGCUACAACUCUAGCCAUUCCUGGGGUAAUGGUGCACAUAGCAUCUCCAGACAAGAAGCUUAAUAAGAACUAUUUGGGGCCUGCUUCUCUUGAAGAGAUUGCCAAACAAAUUAUUCAUGCUGAAGGCCACUCAGGCCCAAACAGAGACUACCUUAGCCAACUAGAAAAGACUCUUCUUCAACUUGGAUGUAAAGAUAAACAUGUAAUGGAUCUUGCAAAUGAAGUGAGGCGCAUUCUCUGA